GAUCACGUGUUUUGGGGCAGGAAAGAGCACCUCGAAAACGUUAAAUUGCGGACAACAUGUGGAAGUGGGCAUAACAAAGAAACGGCACCUGCUUAUAUUACAGGCUCUGGAUUACAUUUACAGGAGACAAAAAACAGGUGUCAAAAUGAGUCUCUCUGCGGAGAUUGAAGAGGGAAGCAGUCCUAGUAACUGUGAAGACACUGAAGAGGAAGCCAGUUCUUCUGGAAUGAGUUCAUCAGGGAAUGAGGAAGCGAUGUCCCCUAAAAUACAUUUUCCUGUUGAACAGGACACUUGCAGUGAACUUAAAAGGUUCAAGACAGACAGACCAGUCUCACCUGCACCUAGUGGUAUCUCCAUGAAGAGUGACCAGUCGAUGGCACUUCCUAUUUUCUUCAAGGAAGGAGAACUUUCCACUGAACAAAGCAGUACCUCUGAGAAGAAUGACACAUCAAUGGAUAACCAACCCAGAGGGCCUACUGAUGACAAAGUGUACCCAACAGAAGUCCAGGAGAAAAUGAAAUCAUACUUGAAGAAUAGGACAUGUUCUUUAUUUGAGGGCAUUGAAGAUGCAGGAAAAACGACACCUCUUAACAACAUCUACACAGAGCUCUACAUCACACAAGGUGGAAGUGGAGAGGUCAAUUAUGAACAUGAGGUGAGACAGAUUGAGACAGCAUGCAGGUUUCCAGUAGAACAAGAGACAUCAAUCCAACUCAAUGACAUCUUCAAACCCUUACCUGGACAAGACAAGCCUAUCAGAACAGUGCUGACAAGGGGAGUUGCUGGCAUUGGAAAAACAGUGUCUGUGCUGAAGUUCAUGUUGGACUGGGCUGAAGGAAAAGCAAACCAAGACAUCCAGAUCAUCUUCCCACUUCCUUUUCGGGAUCUGAACUUGAUGAGAGAGAAAAAUCUAAGUCUGAUAGAACUACUUCAUCACUCCUUUAUAGAAACAAAAGAAUCAGAAAUCUCAGAAAACGAAAAUAUUGUGUUUGUUUUUGAUGGUCUGGAUGAAUGUCGCCUUCCUCUGGACUUCCAGAAUAAUAAGAUCUGCAGUGAUGUCACAGAGUCAACUUCAGUGGAUGUUCUUCUGACAAACCUCAUCAAAGGGAAUCUGCUUCCCUCUGCUCACAUUUGGAUAACCACCCGACCUGCAGCAGCCAAUCAGAUCCCUCCUGAGUGUGUUGACCAGGUGACAGAGGUACGAGGUUUCAAUGACCUACAGAAGGAGGAAUACUUCAGGAAGGUAAUCGCUGAGGAGGACCUGGCCAGCAGAAUCAUCUCACACAUAAAGACAUCAAGGAGCCUCCACAUCAUGUGCUACAUUCCAGUCUUCUGUUGGAUUUCAGCCACUGUCCUAAAGAGACUAUUGACUGAAACAGAGAGUCGAGAGAUCCCCAAGAAUCUGACUCAAAUGUACGCUCACCUCAUGAUUUUCCAGUCAAAACUGAGGAGUCAUAACUAUCCUGUAGAGCAUGCCAACAAUUCUCACUGGGAUAAAGAGAUGAUUUUGUCACUGGGACAAUUGGCUUUUCAACAGCUAGAAAAAGGCCAUCUGAUAUUCUAUGAGGAAGACCUGAGAGAGUGUGGCAUUGACAUCAAGGACGCGUCAGUGUACUCUGGAGUGUGCACUCAGAUCUUCAGAGAAGAGUCUGGGCUUAACCAGAUAAAGGUGUACUGCUUUGUACAUCUGAGUAUCCAGGAGUUUCUGGCUGCACUAUAUGUGUUCCUCAUGUUCACUAACGACAACAACAAUCUGAUGGCUAAAGGGAGAUCCCUCCACAAAAAGAAACUAUACCAAGAUGCAGUGGACAAGGCCUUGCAGUUUGAAAAUGGCCACCUGGACCUUUUCCUCCGCUUCCUUCUUGGCCUUUCACUGCAGUCCAAUCAGCAUCUCCUACAAGGCCUACUGACACAGACAGGAAGCAGAUCACCGAGCAACAAGAAAACAGUCAAGUACAUCAAGGAGAAGAUCAGAAAGAAACUCCCUCUGGAGAGGUGCAUCAAUCUGUUCCACUGUCUGAAUGAACUGAAUGACCAUUCUCUAGUGGAGGAGAUCCAAAGCUACCUGAGAUCAGGAAGUCUCUCAAAAUCUAAACUCUCAUCUGGACAGUGGUCAGCUCUGGUUUUCAUGUUGCUGACCUCCGAGAAGCUGGAUGUGUUUGACCUGAAGAAAUACAUCAGAUCAGAUGCAUCUCUUCUCAAACUUCUCCCAGUUGUCAGAUCCUCUAGAACAGCCCUGCUGAACGAAUGUAAACUCACCAAGAAAAGCUGUGAGGCAUUAGCUUCUGUUCUCAAAUCAAACUCUUGCUGUCUGAGACUGCUGGACAUGAGUGGCAAUAAACUCCAGGAUUCAGGAGUGAAGCUGCUCUCUGCUGGACUGGAGGAUCCACACUGUAAACUGGAGACAUUGAAGUUGAAUGAUUGCAACCUAACUGAGAAAUCCUUUGCGGUGCUUGCUUCAACUCUCAGCUUUAAGCAUGUCAAGUUUGAGAAAGCUAGAUUUGGAGGAAAUUAAUUCCAGGAUUCAGGAGUGAGAUUCGUCUGUGCUGGACUUGAGAAUCCACAAUGUAAAUUGGAGACACUGAGGUAAAACUAUCCCUCAUCAAAUGAAAUUGUAUUGGUCGCAUUCACAUAUUUAGCAGAUGUCAUUGCGGGUGUAGCGAAAUUCUUGUGUUCCUAGCUCCAACUUAGUUACGUUUAUGCAUUUUUUAAAACAAGCAUACAUAACACUUGAAAAAGCCAUACAUGCUCAUGAGUAAAAUCAUGGAGGAUAACACACAAUACAGUCUGGGACUAAUUUCCGUUGUUAAAUCAUGGAGGAUAACACACAAUACAGUCUGGGACUAAUUUCCAUUGUUAAAUCAUGGAGGAUAACACACAAUACAGUCUGGGACUAAUUCCCAUUGUGGUCCUGUCACGUUCGUUGGUAGAAACGGACCAAGGCGCAGCGAAUGUUGAGUAACACAUAAUAUUUAUUAGAAAGUGAAACUAAGCAGAGACAUAAACAAAUAAACAAUAAACUAACAGUGACUACAGAGAUGAUACGUGCACUAACUCAAAAUACACACUAUCUCAAAACAAUAUCCCAUAAAACACAGGUGGAAAAAUGCUACUUAAAUAUGAUCCCCAAUUAGAGACAACGAUAGCCAGCUGCCUCUAAUUGGGAAUCAUACCAAACACCCAAACAUAGAAAAACUAAACUAGAACCCCACAUAGAAAAUAAUAACUAGAAGAAAAAAAACAGUCACCCCCUGACCUACUCUACCAUAGAAAAAAGAGCUCUCUAUGGUCAGGAUGUGACAGGUCCUCUUACAGUGCAGUAAUAUCUAACAAUUCACAACAAUACACACCAAUCUAAAAGUAAAAUUUUUUAAUUAAGAAAUAUAUAAAUAUUAGUAUGAGCAAUGUUGGAGUCCGGAGUAUAAAUAAUAUAAAUGCAUGUAUGUGUAUAUGUCACAGGAGGUUGGUGGCACCUAAAUUGGGAUGGACGGGCUCAUGGUAAUGGCUGGGGCGCAAUUGGUGGAAUGGUAUCAAACACAUCAAACACAUGGUUACCAUGGUUUCCAUAUGUUUGAUGCCAUUCUAUUUGCUCCGUUUCAGCCGUUAGUAUGAACCGUCCUUCCCUCAGCAGCCUCCACUGGUAUAUGUGAUGGGAUGUAUAGACAUUAUGGACAGUAUGUCAAAACAAAUUACAUUUUAUUGGUCACAUACACAUGGUUAGCAGAUGUUAAUGCGAAUGUAGCGAAAUUCUUGUGCUUCUAGUUCCGACUAUGCAGUAAUAUCUAACAAGUAAUCUAACAAAUUCACAACAACUACCUUAUACAUACAAAUGUAAAGGGAUGAAUAAGAAUAUGUACAUAUAAAUAUAUGGAUGAGCGAUGGCCGUGCGGCAUAGGCAAGAUGCAGUAGAUUGUAUAGAAUACAGUGUAUACAGUUGAAGUAUUUAUAAAUACAGUUGAAGUCGGAAGUUUACAUACACUUAGGUUGGAGUCAUUAAAACUCGUUUUUCAACCACUCCACACAUUUCUUGUUAACUAACUAUAGUUUUGGCAAGUCGGUUAGGACAUCUACUUUGUGCAUGAUACAAGUAAUUUUUCCAACAAUUGUUUACAGACAGAUUAUUUCACUUAUAAUUCACUGUAUCACAAUUCCAGUGGAUCAGAAGUUUAAAUACACUAAGUUGACUGCCUUUAAACAGCCUGGAAAAUUCCAGAAAAUUAUGUCAUGGCUAUAGAAGCUUCCGAUAGGCUAAUUGACAUAAUUUGAGUCAAUUGGAGGUGUACCUAUGGAUGUAUUUCAAGGACUACCUUCAAACUCAGUGCCCCUUUGCUUGACAUCCUGAGAAAAUCAAAAGAAAUCAGCCAAGACCUCAGAAAAAAAAUGGUAGACCACAAGUCUGGUUCAUCAUUGGGAGCAAUUUCCAAAUGCCUGAAGGUACCACAUUCAUCUGUACAAACAAUAGUACGCAAGAAUAAACACCAUGGGACCAUGCACCCGUCAUACCGCUCAGGAAGGAGACGCGUUCUGUCUCCUAGAGAUGAACGUACUUUGGUGCGAAAAGUGCAAAUCAAUCCCAGAACAACAGCAAAGGACCUUGUGAAGAUGCUGGAGGAAACGGGUACAAAAGUAUCUAUAUCCACAGUAAAACGAGUCCUAUAUCGACAUAACCUAAAAGGCCACUCAGCAAGGAAGAAGCCACUGUUCCAAAACCGCCAUAAAAAAGCCAGACUACGGUUUGCAACUGCACAUGGGGACAAAGAUCGUACUUUUUGGAGAAAUGUCCUCUGGUCUGAUUAAACAAAAAUAGAACUGUUUGGCCAUAAUGACCAUCAUUAUGUUUGGAGGAAAAAGGGGGAGGCUUGCAUGCCGAGGAACACCAUCCCAACUAUGAAGCAUGGUGGUGGCAGCAUCAUGUUGUGGGGGGUGCUUUGCUGCAGGAGGUACUGGUGCACUUCACAAAAUAGAUGGCAUCAUGAGGUAUGAAAAUUAUGUGGAUAUAUUGAAGAAACAUCUCAAGACAUCAGUCAGGAAGUUAAAGCUUGGUCGCAAAUGGGUCUUCCAAAUGGACAAUGACCCCAAGCAUACUUCCAAAGUUGUGGCAAAAUGGCAUAAGGACAACAAAGUCAAGGUAUUGGAGUGGCCAUCACAAAGCCUUGACCUCAAUCCUAUAUAACGUUUGUGGGCAGAACUGAAAAAGCGUGUGCAAGCAAGGAGGCCUACAAACCUGACUCAGUUACACCAGCUCUGUCAGGAGGAAUGUGACAAAAUUCACCCAACUCAUUGUGGGAAGCUUGUGGAAGGCUACCCGAAAUGUUUGACCCAAGUUAAACAAUUUAAAGGCAACGCUACCAAAUACUAAUUGAGUGUAUGUAAACUUCCGACCCACUGGGAAUGUGAUGAAAGAAAAUAAAAGCUGAAAUAAAUCAUUCUCUCUACUAUUAUUCUGACAUUUCAGAUUCUUACAAUAAAGUGGUGAUCCUAACUGACCUAAGACAAGGAAUUUUAUUAGGAUUAAAUGUCAGGAAUUGUGAAAAACUGAGUUCAAAUGUAUUUGGCUAAGGUGUAUGUAAACUUCCGACUUCAACUGUACAUAUGAGAUGAGUAAUGUAGGAUAUGUAAACAUUAUCAAAGUGGCGUUAUUUAAAGUGAUGAGUGAUACCUUUUGUUAAAUGUAUUUCAUCUCGAUCAUCUCCUUUGUUUUGUUGACAUUGAGUGGGAGGUUAUUUUCCUGACACCACACUCCGAGGGCCAUCUCGUCGUUGUUGGUAAUCAGGCCUACUACUGUUGUGACGUCUGCAAAUUUGAUGAUUGAGUUGGAGGCUUGCGUGGCCACGCAGUCAUGGGUGAACAGGAAGUACAAGAGGGGGCUGAGCACGCACCCUUGUGGGGCCCCUGUGUUGAUCAGCACAAUGGAGGCGUUCUUUCCUACCUUCACCACCUGGGGACGACCGUCACGAAGUCCAGGACCCAGUUGCACUGGGCGGGGUUCAGACCCAGAUCCCCGAGCUUAAUGAUGAGCUUGGAGGGUACUAUGGUGUUGAAGGCUGAGUCAAUGAGUUUUACUUACGUUUCACUUGUGCCCGGGAUUUAAUCCAAGUCGGUGCACUGGACAGCCGACAUUGUGACUUUUAAAGGUAACUUAUGCUUGAGUUGACAUGCGCUACAUUUACAGUGAAUGGGAUCUCUACAAGUGUUGGCAAAAUGUUGUCAGUAUCGUCGACUGUCCAGUCACUGCCCUAUAACGCCUUGGAUUGAAUUCCUCUUGUCACUAUUUCAAUUUUUAUCUUUAACACUGAAUUGUUGGAAAAGGACCCAUAAAUUAGCAUUUCACUGUUAGUCUACAUCUGUUGUUUUUAAGAAGCAUGUGACAAAUACCAUUUUAUUUGAUCCUGGCCUUGGUCUCUGAUGUAGCAUUAUUGAAGAUAUUUUGUCAGCAGAUUGUAUCAUUGUCUUUAGAUGUGUCAUGGAGUAUGUACAAUUAUCACUUCAAAUUAUGAAUCUGGGCACCAGUUCGUUAUUUGACCAAAUUGAUCAGUUUAGAUGUGUUCAUUUCAAUUCAAUAAAAGGUUCAACAUAUGAAUUUAAAAUGACACUUUUCUCCUUCACUUUCCACAGGCUGGCAGGCUGCAGCGUCACAGGGAAAGGCUGUGCUUCUCUGGCUUCAGCUCUGAGGUCAAACCCCUCCCACCUGAAGGAGCUGGACCUGAGU